UCGAGCUUCGAUCUAGACUCUCGAGUUCCAUUCCUCCUGCACUCUCUCCUGCUUAACCGAACAGACAUGGCUUCACGCAUCCUCCUCCUUGCUUUCCUUGCGCUGGUUUCUUCUCACGCAAUUGCUUCUGAUCCUAGUCCCCUCCAGGACUUCUGUGUUGCUGACAAAACGUCCCAUGUAUUUGUCAACGGUCUUGCGUGCAAGAACCCAAACGAUGUCAGAGCUGAUGAUUUCUUCUUCUCCGGCCUCGACAGGCCUGGCGACACUGCAAACAAACUUGGAUCGAAUGUGACUUUAGUUAAUGUGGAGAAAAUUGCAGGGCUCAACACCCUUGGCAUCUCAUUGGCUCGCAUAGACUUUGCUCCUUAUGGCCUGAACCCACCUCACAUCCACCCUCGGGCGACAGAGAUUUUGACGGUGUUGGAAGGCUCACUCUAUGUGGGUUUUGUGACUUCCAACACGGACAACCGUCUCUUUGCCAAAGUCAUCAACAAGGGUGAUGUGUUCGUGUUCCCCCAAGGUCUAAUUCACUUCCAGUUCAACUACGGGACGAAGAAUGCUGUUGCUAUUGCCGCAUUGAGCAGCCAAAACCCUGGUGUGAUCACUGUAGCCAAUGCGGUGUUUGGGUCGAAGCCGCCCAUCUCUCGUGACGUUCUUGCAAAGGCCUUUCAGGUGGACAAGAAGACUAUUGACUGGCUGCAGGCUCAGUUCUGGAUGGACAACAACAACUGAUAACUCUUUCUUUGCUACAAGGAUUGCUCCGCUGAUUCAUUUGUAUUAUUUUGAUUGUUACACUUAUUCAUUUGCAUUCUUUAGCACAAAUAAGCAAACAAUGAGUUGACAAUUCUACAGCAAUAAAGGCAAUUUAUUUCCCAGUAGGAGAAAGUGCUUCUUGCUUCUGUUUUUAUUUUUCCUUUUGCUGUAACAUUAGGUCAAGAUGUUUGUUGGACUUGAUAUCACAAAUUGCUUAUUCCUUUAUCCACCAACUUUAUGUUUGUGAGCGGAUAGGAUGAAUUAAGCCAUAGGCAUCAUAGAGGAAAAGAUGGAUUUUACUGAAUGGAGGACUGAAAAAGGAAAAGUAUUUGGAUCUGGAUUGUCUUUCAGCAGCCAUGGCUUCAAAAGUUUGGCAAAAACAGAAUAGUGGUGUAUGACAUCCUCCGCACAGAUUUGAGAAGCACCUACUUCUAAGCUUCUGUCUGGACUCAGGCUACUUCUAAUUUUGACUAUUAGGAAAACAGCUAUUCCUAUCUCCAUCUCUCCUCUAUCCCUGGCUGGAGGAAGAACAAAGUUGAAGGGACGCAACAGGCGUAGCAAACCUAUAUUUUUAAUACAAAUCAAAUUGGAUUAUUGAUCCAAUAUCUUGGUUAAAUCGAUCUCCAUUUAAGUUUUUAAUAAUUAUAUCUUAGACUAGUGGCUGGUUAUGGUGCAUUAUUUGCAAUAUUUCCGAACCCAAACAACUUCCAAUUAUUUACCUGAAUUGGCUGAUCAUGUGACUUGUUCGGUAAAUAGUUCUGGCCAGAUAAAGUUGAAAAUAACUUGAUGAACUCAUCAAAAAUUGUUAAGUA